GACAAAAACAAAUUGCCGGUAAUUAUCAUGUAAAGUAUUUUUUCUCACUUCCACUUCGUCUAAUUUAUUAUAUAAAUUUAACUUUGAAAAUUCUACUCCAUUUAGUUAAAGGUUUGUGGUAACAUGGAAAUGAAGGUUCAAGUGAUUCUUAUUUUAGCCUUAUCUUUCAAAAUGGUGAUGAAUAGAGUGAUUUUGGUUGGAGGUGACUGUAAACUAGAUUGUUUAAAACGUAGUCUUAUGUGUGAUGAUCGAUGCAAAAGAAUGCCUUUCCGUGGAGAGAUAUGCUACUUAGAAUGCAGGGACACAUUAUCGGAAUGUCUGGAUAAACCAUGUGCGAAAUUUGCUGAGGACUAUUAUGGAAGAUACAGUUAAUCAACUGUCAUUAUUUCUUCUACAAAAAAUACAUAUUCGUUCACUUUUUAUAUUUACGCUAAUUCAGUGGUAAAAGAAAUUUAAUUCACAAUAUACAGCUAAACAUUUUAUCUUAUCAAAUACAGGAUCGAAAAAUAAUUGAAAUAUUGAUGUAUCUUCUUUUUACUGAAUAACACUACUUCAUUUUACUCGUUGAAAAAUGAUAAGUAUAUUUGCUUUGGCUGGUAAAAGUGAAUAAUAUAAAAUCAUUUAGAUUGAUUUUAUCGAAUGUGUGGUAAAAAGUAUAUAAGGUCUAAAAAGGAAC